AUGUCGGCGAAGGAGGAAUUCAUCGAUGCGCAGAUAAAAUGUGAUAAAUUUUUCAGCUCAUUAGAGCCUCCAGCAAACCUCGUCACCGAUGAUGUGGAUUCGUUUUUGAGGCGUCAUGCUGGCGACGAAACCCCGGUCGCAAUCGUGACUUCCGGCGGAACAGCAAUCCCGAUUGAACGCAACACAGUUCGCUUCAUUGAGAACUUCAGCACCGGAACUCGUGGAGCCGCAAGCACUGAACAUUUCCUCGCCAACGGUUAUGCUGUCGUGUUCCUACACCGGCAUCAAUCCAUUCAGCCAUUUUUCCGCCAUGUGUCUCUUGCGGAAGUGUUCGACGAGGGUUUCCAUCCGGAGAAUGUCAAAAUGCACGAAUUGUAUAACGAGGUGAAGAGAACGAAUCGGUUGUUGCGUGUGGGAUUUUCGACGCUUUGCGAGUAUUUGUGGCAUUUGCGGCGAAUUGCGAAGAGUGCGGACCAGUGUGGUAGUCGAGCCCUGGUGUAUCUAUCUGCUGCAGUCUCGGAUUAUUACAUCCCGUUUGACAAGAUGGAGGAGCACAAGGUGCAAUCUGGUUGCGAGGCGCUCACGUUGCAUUUGGAACCCGUGCCGAAGAUGGUUUAUCCGUUGAGGAACGAGUGGUGUCCGAAGGCGUUUGUGGUCACUUUCAAGCUGGAAACGCAGCAGGACUUGCUUGCUGAUAAGUCUAGAAGUGCUUUGUUGAGGUAUGGACAUCAGCUUGUUGUGGGGAAUCUUUUGGAUACAAGAAGGAGAGAAGUUUUCAUUUAUGAUCAAAAUGGCUCCGUGCGUUUGAAGCUUUCGGAUGCAGAAUUUACGGAGGGCGCAGAAAUCGAGGACAAAAUCAUAUCUGAAGUUGUUACUCGUCAUCGCCAUUUUCACAAGAUGAAAGAGAUCAUCGGCCGAGAGCAAGUGAUUUCUUUUGCGUUAGUGGUUUCUUGGUUGCUGUUUGCCUCGCUCGGAUUUGUGUGUUCCAUUAUUGCGGCAUUCCUCUUCAUCAUCAUUGGGAAGGUUUUCCGUACUGCCGAUGCGAAUCUCCGCUCUGGUCUGGACUUGGCAUCACUGAAUUACUGGUGUACUCAUGCUGUCCUUGGAGGGAUUUUCUUCAUUUUCCAAGUGCUCACAGUGCCGCUUGGUUGUGUACGGGUAACAGAAAAUGUUUUCUUCGCUGUUCCGUUUGCCCUGCUCUGGUGGUUAACACAGCGUCUGGAUGGAGUUCCUCGAUUGAUGAAUCCGAUGGUUGAAAAAGCUGGUAGAAUGUUGCUGCGUGAGCGAUUGUUGAGGCUAGUUUUUGGAUUUCUGGCUUUGAUCAUUGGAAGCAACCUUGCGUUAACAUCUGCCUGCAACUCUGUUCCUUUGAUUGAGGACUCACUGCUACUGUUAUUACCAGAUGACUGCACAAAUGCUUAUUCGGACUUCAGGUCAUCCAUUUCCACAGGAGCUACAUCUGUUGGCCUUGUCUCGUUUGCUGUCAUGCUGAUACAAGAUGUGUCGACUAUCCUUGGGUGAACAUGGAACAAGCAAAAUUCCCAUGAUCUAUAAGAGAUGGAUGGAAUAUUUUCGUGAUAUUUUUUGUUGUGUUCAUCUGGAAGUGAAUUUUUGUUCUUGCAUUGAAAUGUAUACAAUUCAACAGAACAUUCAUUAUCACUUCCGACGCAAUGCCGCGUAACAAAAGAAAUCAAUGCACUUCAAAAUUUCAGGGCAG